CCACCUGCUGUAUUGUUUUCUGAUUAUGAAGUUGGCCAUGUUUAUGAGAUGAUUAUAGAGCUGCAGAACAUCACUUCAACAUGUCAUCAUGUAAGACUUAUCCCCCCCUCUACUUCAGCAUUUGCCAUUGGGCCAGGAAAAUUUCCAGGAAAGGGAGGAAUGAUUGCUCCUGGGAUGACAUGCCAGUAUACAGUCCAAUUUAUUCCUGAAUCUCUAGGAGAUUAUGAAGAUUGUAUAUUAGUGGAGACUCAAGUAUCAGAACCUCUUCUGAUCCCGAUCCUAGCUAAAAGACCACCUCCAGUGUUAACAUUGCCUCGCAUUAUAGACUGUGGUUCCUGCCUUGUUGGAGGAAUAAAAGUAACGAUGAUUUUGUGCAGAAAUGAGGGAUUUAGCACUGGAAAGUUCUGUAUAAUGCCAAAGAAAGCCUGGCCACCUCCUUAUUUCAGGGCUGUUGCCACUGUUGGUUUUGUGAUACAAGAUCCUUUUGGGAUCCGUCCGGCUGUUUUUGAGCUAGCUCCAGGGCAGAGUACAACAGUAGAGGUAGUGUUUUUCCCUUCUUUUCCAGAAAUCUCACAGCAAACAUACACCAUUGUUUGUGACAAUUGCCAAGUCAAUGAUGUUACAGUCACAGGGGCUGGACAGCUGAUAGCUCUGGAGCUUUUGUUCGUCACAGGUGGAGAAAGCAAACCUGAACUCGGUGAAGUUACUGAUGUAACAGCACAGCAUCUCAUACGAUUUGACCCCCAAAACCCACACACCACCGAGGAGAAGAAAUUGGUUAUAAGAAACUCUACACACGUAGAACUUCCUUUCUACUGGCAGAUAAUAAAACCUAAUCUGAAACCAUUAAUACCAGAAGAAACUGCAGACUUUACGAAGCUCAAAUACAAUCGAGACACAGAGUCAGCGUUCUCCCUAAAUCCUGAGCAGGGAGUUUUGCUUCCCCAUGCUGAUCAUGAGUUUAUUCUCACUUACAGUCCACAGGAGCUGAAGAGUUAUCACAGUGUGAUUCAGAUGGUACUGAGGGACAUCCCAGAAUCACCUUGUUUAGUAAAAGAGGGGAUGCUUCAAAACAUCCCAACAUACAAAGCAGAGGAUGUAAUAGCACUGGAAAUAGAAGUUAAAGGAUCUACAGAACCAAUUCAUCUUCUUCUGGAACCGUAUGCCGUUAUUGUUCCUGGAGAAAACUUUAUUGGUGUAAAAGUCAGAAAAACAUUUAAGAUGUGGAAUAACAGCAAAUCACGGAUCAAGUACACAUGGGAGAGAGCCAUACCCUGUGACAUCAUGGAAGUCGAACCUCAUACUGGCAUCAUAGAUAUGAACAAAUGCUGUGAAUUUGAACUGGCAAUUACUGGAAGCAAACCUGGGUGCAUCAGCCGUAACCUGCAGUGUGAAAUUGAACACUGCCCAGAGCCAGUUGUGCUGCACGUUGAGGCUGCUUUUAAGGGUCCACUUCUUUGUAUUGAUGCUCCAUCACUCCAGUUUGGUUUGACUAAGCAGGGUGAGAGCAUGCUAAGAACCUUUGAGAUUAAAAAUCUGUGUCAGCUGCCGGCACAAUGGAGAAUGCAAGAAAGUCAGGUUUGUCUCGCUGAAAGGAAUGAAGAGGUAUCUCCCUUUACGAUCCAACCAUCUGCUGGAGAAAUACCUCCUUUGGGUAUAUGCAGUGUGUCAGUUCAGUUCACAUCAUCGCUGCGCCAGCGCCUCCAGACAGUAUUAGAACUAGACGUAGAAAAUGGAGAAGGAAGUCAUCUUCCUGUUUUUGUUGAAGUUCAGACCCCCCAAGUGUGCCUGAUAUCUAGUCAUCUAGUAUUCACUGAAAUUUAUACUGGAGUUCCUGCCAAAGCAACCAGCAAACUUUUUAACCAGACACUGCUGCCAGCAAAAUACUUAUGGGGAAAGCUCAUUGGAAGCCAGGCAGCUUUCUGCUCCACCACUGUCUCCCCAGCCAGUGGCACCUUAGGCCCAAAUGAAGAAAAAGAAUUCUGCAUAGAGCUGUCAGCUAACAUCGUGGGUGAGCUGAAAGACCUUGCACUUUCCUGUUGCAUAGAAGACAUGAUUGAACCCCUCUUUCUGAGCAUUUCUGGAGAAGUGAAAGGAUUGCACGUCACCUACUCAUUACCUUGUUACAGUGGAGUUGCCAGUGAUGAAAGACAAAUGUUACAAAGCCCGUGUGAUCUUCUUUUGGACUUUGGAUCUGAAGUUGCAUUCAAAGACAUUGUAAAGCGUCAGCUAAUUCUUACCAAUCACACUGGAAUCAGUGCUCCAUUCAAACUAGAAGCUGAGUAUUUCACUGGCUAUUCACUUACUCCAGAACAAGAAAUCUGCCUCUCCUCAAGCUACCUGGUGAAAAGAAGAGGGCCCAUCACAAAACAUGCAGCCAGAAAAGCACAGUCAGAGUUUGCAGCAGCAGUGCUGUCUCAUGGGAAGGGAGUAGCUUUCCAUAUACAACCUUCCACAGGAACUCUUAAAGCCUUCCAGCAGCUAAUCAUAGAAAUAACAGCUUACAACAACAUGUGGGGAGAGUACCAGGAUGAUCUUGUCUGUGAGGUGGGAGACUUAAAACCUAAAUUAAUUCCUAUGCAAAUGACUGUGAAAGGCUGCCCAAUCUUCCUGCAGAUGACAGGACCACAAACAGAGCAACCCAUAAUCAGGUUUGGCACUCAUGUCUCUGGAGGGUGUCCUGUCUUUCGGAAGGUCCGGCUUAACAAUCCCACUCCCUUUGACAUCCGCCUGGACUGGGAAAUUUACAACCAAGAGCAAGACGAUAAACAGCUGGUGGACCUGUUGAUGUUCUUUGGAGACCCUUUUCCUCCUAAGGACAUGGAUGAAAAUGAGACUGCAUCAAUUGGUAGCAACUCAGAGUCAGAGAUCGUGUUAAAGUUGGAUCAAACUGCCAUUCCCUGCGGAAGCAUUUAUCCAGCUUCGCAAACCACAGAUGAGUCUUCAGACACCAACAGUGAAGAGGAGGAAAUCAUCACUCAAGAACCUACAAUACAGAAAAUUGUCUCUGUACUUAUACGACCUCAUGAAGGGGUUCCUGCAGACAACCCCUACUCCAUUACUCCGAGACAGAUAGUGGUUCCAGGAGGUGGCAGCAUCUCCGUUUGCAUCUCCUUCACCCCACGCGUCCUGCCAGAGGCCGUGCCUGAAGUGCAGUGUGAAGGGUUUGUGCUGGGUUUCAUGAACCUAGACCACGAGUUUGCAAAGACAGUGCCUAACAAAGUGCGUCGCAGAGAUGGCUAUGAAGCUCCACAGUUACGAAUAGACUUAGAAGCUUUUGUAAGGUGUGCUCUGUUAAAGGUAGACAUGGAUCAUGAUGGAGGAAUGGUGUUUUAUUCGAUGGCAAGUGAUCUUAUACCAGAUCAGCCUCUUUUGGGGGUUUUGACAGAUUCGGUAAUGACUCAGAGUUUGAAACUCAUCAAUUGCACUAAGGUUCCUCUGUACUUCAGGCUCCUUCUGUCUACGCCCUUCAGCCUGUCCAGCACAGAUCCCAAAAAGAGCACUAAAACAUCCCACAGCAAGAAGGAGGAAAAAGAACAGCAACCGCAACUUGUACUUUAUCCACAGCAAAACAUGCUGGUGAAAGUGUCGUUCCACACAACUCUGGAGUUACUUACAUAUCAACAUUUGCCAGAUACCCAGCUGCUUCCUGGAUUCCAAGUGCUCCAGUUUGAGAAUGGAGAGAGAAAGCUGAAGUUUAGUCAAAAUCUGGUCAUUGAACAUAGUAACCACACUACCCAGCUGGUCCCAGUGACUGCAUACCUCACUGUUCCAGUUCUGGAGCUCUCUUGCAACACGGUGGAUUUCAAGACCUGCUUUGUUGCACAGACCAAGACUGAACAUGUCUUCUUGUGCAACAGGAGUGGCUGCAGAAGUUACUGGACUGCUUUGCUGGAUGAACAGGAAAGACGUAAUGACCCGGAAGUAUUUUCUGUCUCCCCUACUAAUGGCAUUUUGGAGGCACGUGAAGGGGACGCACCUACCAAAGAGAUUUUGCAGAUCAGCUUUACUGCAAGGAGUGACAUGGAAUAUGAGACCACUGUGACCAUUACCGGAAUGCUGGGAGAGAAGCCUUGCAAGCUACACAUCAGGGGACGAGGAACAUACGACGGGAAGUACGAAGACCUGUAUUUAAUUUAA